AUGUUAACUGGUCUUGAAAUAAAUGGGAUAACGGCAAUGACGAUGUUGAUGACGAUUAGAGGGAAGGAGACAGAAAAAAAUGAAUUCACAUUUGCUCUGCUUUUACUCCCAUGUAAUUGGUCAAUUAGUCAUCGACCAGACCAGAGUAUACACAAUCACCUUCACAUAAAACUUCCCCAUCCUUAA